AACUAAAUAGUCUUUGUAUUCUAUAGCUUUGGCAGUCGCGGUGAAAAAAUGGCGCGCAAGGGAAAGAAAACCAAUAACCCUACUAGCGACAGCGACGAGGACGAAACUUUCUAUUACCGGUAUCCCUCCGCUGCCUCUUCUGCCCCGCCGCUGCCUUCGUCUUCACAGUCGCACUUCUCAUCGCAAUCGCACUCACACUCUUCCACUAAGUCCGGCGGUGGUUCCGGAGGUUUGGUUCCUUCGAAGUCUACUGUCUAUGUUUCCAAUUUCGACUAUUCACUCACUAAUUCCGACCUCCACACUCUCUUCUCCACCUUUGGUAAGAUCGCUCGUGUUACGGUGUUGAAAGAUAGACAGACUCGCAAGUCUCGCGGCGUUGCCUUCGUGCAGUUUAUUUCUCAGGACGACGCGGUGAAGGCCGCGAAACAGAUGCACGGGAAGAUUUUGAAUGGCCGUGUUCUUAAGGCUGCUAUAGCGACUGAUAAUGGUCGCGCCGCUGAGUUUAUAAGGAAGAGGGUUUAUAAGGAUAAGAGUAGGUGCUACGAGUGCGGCGCAGUUGAUGGGCAUUUGUCUUAUGAAUGCCCUAAAAAUCAAUUGGGGCCAAGGGAGCGACCAGAACCGAAGCGAGGGAGAAGGGGUGGAGUUGGUGCUAGGCACGAGGAGGAUUGGGGAUCGGAUGUUGGAGAAGCGUUUGAGGAUGACAAUUGGGCCUCGGUGGUGGACGGAGAUGCAGACCAGAGACUCCUGACUGGCGGUGAGAACAUUGUAGAGAAGAAAAAGGCGAAGAAAGCAAGUUAUUUCAGUGACGAGAGCGGCGAAGAUGAUUAACUGAGCCUGUCUCUUUGGGAAGAGUUUGUAAAAGGUUAGCAGCAGUAGAAGCGAUUGAUGCUUUCAAUACUCUUGUGAAAAAGGCCCAUGGAUGGUUUCCGCUCCAAGUUGGUGUGCCUUUGUCGUGCUAAUUCUGUCUUGAUCUUUUGUGAAUUUGCUUGAACAUGUUGGGGGUGGAUGUUAAAGUCCUUCAGUUGCAAAUACCUCUAACAUUGUUGAGUAUGAGUUCUAUUGGUCAUCCUUUCAAGAAAGGAAAAGGUGAUAUUAUAGGAAUUCAUUAUCGAAGGCUUAUGACUUAUUUGAAAUGAGAGAAAUCAUCAUACUUUUGAAGAUAGAGAAACUGAAUUCACACAAUUCUUGAUUGUCCUUAUGUACACUUUAUAUGUGUUAGUAUAAAUUAAGCUAAGCUUUUUUGUUAUUACAA